AUGCGUUUGAGAAAACCAAUCAAGCUAGAGAAGGGGACAAUCACUCUUGCUUUUCGAUUCAAGGACGGCAUUAUGAUUGGGGUUGAUUCUAGAAUCACGCGGAAACAGACUAUAGUUUCAGACAAGAAGCAGAAGUUUUUUGAAAUAUCAUCCAACAUAUUUUGUACAAUGAUGGGGAGAGUUCAUGUCUGGGAAAACAUGGCCCUAUAUGUGCAGCAAAAGGUAAAGAGCGAAGAACGUCUUCGCUGUGCACCUGCAACAGUUUUAUAUGCAGCAGAAAAGGCGCUUGAACAUUUAGAGUAUGAAUUCAGUGACUAUGAAUAUAUGAAGGAUGAGGAGGAUUUAAUAUUUGGCACUAUCAUCGCUGGAUGGCAAAAAACAACGGGUUUUGAACUUUAUAAUGUUAACCUGGAUGGCAACAGGGCUUGGAAGACACACUGUAAAAGUUCAAUAAUACUAGGAUCUGGUGCUAAAUUUGCUGAGGAGGUUAUGGACUCAGUUAAGAACUUCUACGACAUGUCUAGUGAAGAUGCUGCCGACUUUGCCCUAAAAGCACUGUUUAUGGCAACCUUUUGUGAUAAGUGGUGUGGAGGGACUCUACAUGUUUAUCAUGUGCAUGAAAAUGGAUAUCAAGAGAAACGCAGCCUCGAUGCUUUAGAAGUCUACUCGCGAUAUUACAACAUUUACGACCUUUCCAUCCAGUUUAUCAUAUCAGAUGAAGGGCUAGUGGCAGCUCAUCUUGUAGCAAAGAAGCGAGACUUUAACAUCCACCGCCUCAUGUUCAACUCUGAGAAUGAGGCUUCAACAGCAUACGAAGCUAUUGCUAAAGUUGAGCCUAGAGUCACGACAAUCUCCAAGGACCCUCUCUUCUGGCGCAAAAUUGACAUGCGCAACGAUGGUGAUCUUGAUGACCGGGACUAUGAGUCCAUGUUCCGCCACGUCGUUGAUCGGAGCUCCGGUAAUGUCGUCGAUAUCAAUAUCGAGCACUUCGGCACCGACAAACUACUCACCUUUAUCACCGAAAGUGCGAGUACAAUCAGGCGCAUCCGACUAUUUUCUUGCGAUGAGGUAUCAGAUAAGGGAUUGAGUAGAAUGGCUUCGGAACUGCGGUUGUUGGAGGAACUUGACAUUUCAUUGUGCGCUGGUAUCUCACAUGAAGCUGUAAAAAUGGUUGGGCGCUCUUGCCCUCUUUUGAAGUCAUUCAAAUUCAACAAGGAGUGGUGCAGAUUCUCUGAUGAUGAGUCUGACUUUGAUGAUAGUGAUGACGAUUAUGCACAUGCUCCUUUUGCUCAUGCUCCUGUUGGUCAUGCUCGUGUUAGAAAAGAUGACAAUGCAGAUGCACUUGCUAUAGCAGGAACGAUGCAAGAUUUACACCACCUCCAGCUUUAUGGGAAUAAGCUUACAAAUGAUGGCUUGAGAAAAAUUCUUGAUUGUUGUCCUCAUCUUGAGUCACUUGAUCUGCGCCUUUGCUUCAAUCUCAAUAUGGGGAUAGAUUUAGAAACAAGAUGUGCUGAACGGAUUAAAAGGUUGUGGCUUCCCCAUGAUUCCAUAGAGGGAAAAGAAUUUAUCGCUAGAUCAGAUGGGUACUGCUUCAAAUGGAUUGAACUCCCGGACAAUGUUACUAUGUCGAUACUGUCACGGCUUGGAACAAUUGAUAUCCUGGAGAGUGCUCAGAAGGUAUGCAUGAAGUGGCGCAAAAUCUGCAAGGAACUGAAGUGGAACACCAUAGACAUGCGCAAUGAUAGUGCUCCCGACAUUACCUUCGACUUAGAUAAGAUGUGCCGCCAUGUUGUUGAUCUUAGUUGUGGUAAUUUGGUCGAUGUGAAUGUUGAGGACUUUAUCUCGGAUGAGCUCCUAGAGUAUAUGACUGAUAGUUCGAGUGGAAUCAGACGCCUGCGACUUGUGUGUUCUUAUUACAUAUCAGAUGAGGGAUUGAUUGAAGUUGCAUCAAAACUUCCGCUGUUAGAGGACCUUGACAUCUCAUUAUGCGGAAAUUUGUCUCAUAAGCCUGUGAAAGUGCUUGGGCACUCUUGCCCUCUUUUGAAAUCAUUCAAAUUGAAUAAACAAUGGCACAAAUAUUCAGACAACUUCUUUGAAGAGAUUAUUGACGAUGAAGGUCCUUGGAGUAAAGAUGACGAUGCACUUGCUAUUGCAGGAACGAUGCAUGGUUUAUACCACCUGCAGCUUUUCGGGAAUCAGCUGACCAAUGAUGGCUUAAGGGCAAUUCUUGAUGGUUGUCCUCAUCUUGAGUCACUAGAUCUUCGCUAUUGUUUCAACCUUAAUCUGGAGGGAGAUUUGGGAAGAAGAUGCACUGAACAAAUUAAAAGAUUGUUGCUUCCCAAAGAUUCAAUUGCUGGAUAUGGAUUUCUGCCUUCUACUGAUUGGCAAUCUCCCAGAUCACCUAAAUAUAUUAUUGAUGGGCUUUUCUCCUGGUUAUGAGGAUUGUGAAUUGUCAUGUGGGAUUGAUGAAGUGACACCCUCUAGCUGCUGAAAUACCUGGGAGAUAGUGGUCUUGAAUUAAUUUGAAGGGGAAAAGAAACUUCAUCAAUCCAACUGGUUUAGACCUCCUCAGCGUCAGGCGUAGUUCUGGGAUAGUACUUCAAGACCUUUUGAAUUUUGUGGUUACAGCUGUGGCUGUAGGCACUUUCCUUGGGAAGGAGAUGAGACUAGUGUUUUCUUUAGUGCUGAUUCCUUUUGUAGUUUUCUGACAUCUCUCCCUUGUAUGCUUUGCAGACUGUUUAAUGUUAAGUUUUCUAUUCCAUCAUGAAAGAUUUAACUAAAUUUCAUAUAACUUGGCAUAUUUAGCUUUUAGACAUUUUAGAUGAUGAAAUGUUUUA